CUGAAGGAUGAAGAACUGAACUGAGCUGUCUAGAAUUUGGCCUUUAUAGUAGCAGAGAGUCUAAUACUUAAUGUACAGUGCAUACUGGGCAGAAAUUUUGAUAUUACUUUUGGAAAAUAUUACCAUAUUUUAAGCAAAUUCUGAGUCUGAGCAGUUUACAGUAGUCUUGUAAGUCACUCAUAUAACUGAAUUUUGCUUCAACAGUGUAGGUCAGGUCUUGGUGAUUUGUUUGGUGGUUUCUAAGUGGAGAGGAGAUAUUACCAAUUUCUUCUGCCAGCUGUGAUAAAGCAUAGAGACCUUUAGUCUUCUGAAGUAUUUUUGUACAACUGUUUAUUAUUUUUCAGUGGCACUUAGAAACCUCAAUUGAGGUUGAAGUCUAACUUUGCUAACAGCUCUGUCCUGAAUUCAUUACAGCCCAAUUAAGAGAAGUCUUAAAGAUACCAGUAUUUUCCUGUGGCAGGAAUGGUUUGUGACCUGUUGAGUGACUGUACAUCUUGUCUGUGCUAAGGACGAGUAUUAUGUGUGUAUUUAUGCACAUUAACAGUUGCCUUAGGAGGUGAAGUGUGCUAGGACUUUUGGGGGGGAGGGGGUUGUACCUUGUUACAGUUCUGUGUUCCAAUGCGAGCAAAAAUUUAUAUAUCCCUGCCCCAAAUGCACCCUUGCCCCUUUGCAAAUUGCCCUCUGUGCUUGGAAUCACAGAAUGGUUUGGGCUGGAAGAUCAUCCAGUUCCAGCCUUCCUGCCAUGGGCCCUUUGAAUCUGAAGAAUGACCCUUUUGCUCUUCAGUUACUUUUGCAUUGGCAGUGAGUGGUUGCUACCUUAUCAUGCUGCUACCUUAGAUUUGUAAAAACUACUCUGGAGUUGGUUCCUUUGUUGGUAGGUGCUCCCUUGACCGGGUGCCUGCUGCUGUUACAAAAUCUGCUCCCUUACGUAAGGGACACGGUGUGUGGUGCCCACUUUGUGAUCGUGCCGCAGCUGACGGGUUUUAUUAUUGCUUCUGCUGUGGGUAUGUUGGCAAUGUGUGACAUGCGCUUCAGAGCACACUCCUGCCGUGGCUGCGGGGAAAGCAGCACAGCAAUUAAGAGCUUCUCUGUUGUCCUACUGUCUUUGUAAAGCUGCGAGAGAAGCAGGUUUUGUGGCAUAGCAUGGAUUUGACAUCAUCACAACAUAAUCAUCUACAGAAUGAACUGAUAAAAGAAAGACAAGAAGGUGAGAGUAUACUGUUUCUGAAGAAGGGAGAAUGUUGCUGUCUUUUGGCUGAACUUUGUCAGGUCAAGCUCAUGCUGAAGGCUUGGAUUUCAUUCCUUUUGCCAGCUGGAGAAGAUCCAUUGAAGCAGGGGAAAAAGAAGAUGAACAGAUAGUUGCAGAAAUCAUGAGAAGGCGUUUUUUUCCUGCUGUUAUAACUCAUAAGACCUGGGAAGGCUUUCACUUUGCUGGCCAUGAGAUAAGAAUUACAGAAGCCAUUGAUUGUUAUGGGGCAGUCGUCUGGCCAUCGGCUCUUGUUCUAUGUUAUUUUUUGGAAACUAAUUCUAAACAAUGCAAUUUGGUUGACAAAAAUGUGAUUGAAAUUGGAGCUGGAACUGGGUUGGUCUCCAUAGUAGCCAGUUUACUGGGUGCGCUUGUGACUGCCACUGAUUUGCCAGAACUGCUUGGAAACCUCCAGCACAAUGUUCUCCGAAAUACAAAGAUGAAAUGCAAGCACCAGCCUCAUGUUAAGGAAUUGUCUUGGGGAGUUGAUCUGGAAAAGAAUUUUCCUAGGUCUUCCUGUCACUUUGACUACAUUAUGGCUGCUGAUGUAGUUUACCACCAUCCCUUCCUGGAUGAGCUCCUCCUAACUUUUGAUCACUUGUGCAAGAAUGACACUGUUAUUCUGUGGGCUAUGAGAUUUCGGCUAGAAAAAGAGAACCAAUUUGUUGGCAGAUUUCAGACACUGUUUAAUUUAGAGGUGCUUUCUGAUUUCCCCAGUUUGAACAUAACCCUGUAUAAGGCGAUGAGGAAAAGCAGGAUGACAACCAGACCUUUCAAACUCAUGGUCUAAAAGAGAGGGAGGUGACAGCUUCAGCUGUUCUCCAGCUUGUUCUCUUUCCAGUAAUUUCCACCCUAGUAGCUGGUAACACCUGCAUGAAUGACAUUUUUAGAAUUAGGUAAAACAAAACAUCAGAUUCUUAGUGCAUCCCUAACAAAUUCCUAAAUUCAAUUUGCUGAUACAUUUCUUCUGCAGAUGAAGCUAUCUUUGACAUUUUCUUGACUUCUAUGUGCUAAGCUGAUGCUACUAAUAACUUUUGCAAGUCUUACCUUUAUUGUUAUGGUUAUGUAAUGAAUAUUUUCAUUAGCUUUCAAUUGCAGCUUUGCAUGGUGUCUCUAUAAGAUCAAGUGAUCAUUUAAAACUUGAGACUAUGAUAAAUCUUUAUAUUUAAAAAUUGUGGUGUUAAAUGUGAUCUUUCCCUCUUCUCACUAUUGUGUGAAUCCUUCAUUUGAAUAGCCUUUAAAGCAUAUUAGCUGAAAAAAACCCACCACCUGGGAAAUAUACUGUCAUAACAAAGGGACAGAAUGUAUUAGUUACCAUUUGAUUUAAUGAUUAUGCUUUUUUCCCCCUCCAUUUUUUAUUUAGAUUCGGGGAUUCUUCAACAGACAGCUGCACACACAGAGAUUUAAAUGUCUUUUUGCUUGAACAAAGGUCUUGGAUAAGGAAAGUACAGCAUAUCACAAAGUGCCCUUUGUAAAGACCUUAAAUUCUUGGAGGUCUGCUUCUCCAAAAAUAGACAGUUAUCUGGACCUCAGGGAACAACAGUGGAAAAAGGACAGUGGCCAUCCAAAGAAGUUUUGCACUGCCAGCUGGUGGUGUCUGGAGGUAGGAAAAUAAACCAGCCUGACACAGUGCAGCUGAAGCAUGGGCAGGCUUGGAUGAUAAUUUGGUUUUGUAGUGUGAGAAAACAACAUGCUUUUCUCCUAGCCAAUCAAUACUGUGUGUUCCUGUUCUCAGUGCUCAGAUUAAUGUCCUUAGAAGUCUAUCAGAGAACUUUCUUUUGGAAAGAUUAAUAAAAUUAUUCUUUGUACACUGCA